AUGUGGGGAGCCAGUGAGAAGCCCUGUUGCGUGCUCCAGCCAAGCGCGGAGGCGGAGGAGGGAGGAAUGCUGCAGGAUGCUUGGUAGAAUCAUGACUGUCAUACCCACUGGCGACUCGGACACAAACAUCUAGCUUCAUGUGAGACUUACAAGAAGGACGACAACGCACCAUGUCCGCCGCGGCCGUCGCGGUGUGCCUCGCCACGGUUGACAUUGUGUAUGGCAGCAACGCCAGACAAAUGACUUUACGUGAGGAAAAUGUCCAAAAGGAGAGAACCAUGGGCUGGAAGCAGAGAACAGCCUUGUACAGCGAUGUGAUCACCAUCCUGUCGAGGUCGCACGCCGAGCGGAACGUCUACCCUUCUGCCGGCGUGCUCUUCGUCCACGUCCUAGAACGACAGUACUUCAAAGGGGAGUUUCCUCACUACCCCAAAUCAGAUGACGGCGCCGACGACCCCAUCACUUUCAACACCAACCUGCUGGGUUACCCGGACCGACCCGGCUGGCUGCGCUACAUCCAGAGGACUCCCAAUAGUGACGGAGUGCUCUACGGAUCCCCCACUGCUGAGCAUGUGGGCAAGGCCACCGUCAUAGAGAUUACCGCCUAUAACCGACGCACUUUCGAGACAGCACGGAACAACUUGGUCAUAAACAUCAUGGCCACUGAGGAGUUCCCGCUACCCUACCAGGCCGAGUUUUACAUCAAAAAUAUGAACGUCGAGGAGAUGCUGGCCAGCGAGGUGCUGGGAGAUUUCCUGGGAGCUGUGAAGAACGUGUGGCAGCCCGAGCGGCUCAACGCCAUCAACAUCACCUCGGCGUUAGACCGCGGAGGACGUGUGCCACUGCCUAUUAAUAACCUGAAGGAAGGGGUGUACGUGAUGGUGGGCGCCGAUGUUCCCUUCUCAUCGUGCCUACGUGAGGUGGAGAACCCGCACAACCAACUGCGCUGCAGUCAGGAGAUGGAGCCCGUCAUCAGCUGCGACAAAAAGUUCCGAGCGCAGUUUCACAUCGACUGGUGUAAACUCUCUCUGGUUGACGUCAACAAAGUAGUCCCAGUUUACGUCACGCGCCCUGAGCCGGGUCCAGGGGUGCUGCCUGAAUUUGGGGAGUACAACCCCCCUUCGGAGUCUCUGAAGAGCCGGGACUACUUCACGGACUUCAUCGUGACGCUGGCUGUUCCUUCGGCGGUGGCGCUCGUGCUCCUCUUGAUGCUGGGCUACACCAUGUGCUGCCGAAGGGAAGGGGUGAAAAAAAGAAACAUGCAAACAUCAGCCAUCCAGCUGGUCCACCACAGCUCCAUUCAGAAGUCCACCAAGGAGAUGCGCAUCAUGUCUAAGAACCGGGAAAUCUCUUGGCCGCUCUCCACGCUGCCUGUCUUCAACCCGGUCAGCGGCGAGGUGGUUCCGCCCAUCCACCCGGACAACUACGAGACUACCAGCAUGCCCCUCAUGCGGACACAGACAAACCUGCAAAACCAGAUUACCAUACCGCAACAACAGCCAUCAGGUAAAUGGUAUUCCUGAGGAGAGGAAGGUGGCUGAAGCACUGAAUUUGUGAUCUGACUUGAGGUAGCUAGUCCCCCACCCCACCCACAUAAAGGAAACUUAGCAUCAAUAUACUUUUUAUUACCACAACAGAGUUCUGCAAAUGUCACUUUUUACUGACUGAGAGUAUGUGCCAAAUGUAUUUUUACUUCCUUUGCACACACACACACACGGGGCCCUCUUGUGUGCGUUAUACAUUAAAUGUAAGGUCAAUAAAUUCAUUCCAAGAAAUGCUUUUCUUCUUUGCGGCCCAGUAGAAAAUCCAAAACAUGUCUUUUGAGACAACUAAAGCCAAAAGUGUGCAUUUUAUGAAGUUUCUUAUGUACAGCAGACUAAAGGCAUUUAUAAAUAUGGAUACAUUUCACAUUUUAAGACAUCACAAAAAUUAUGUGUAACAAAUUUCAUAAGAGUAUAAAUAGUUGUUGCUUUUACACUACCCAAAUGGAACAAUUAAGGCCAGAGAGCCAAAGUACUGCUGUUGAAGAGUAAAGAAAACAUUGCGUUUAAAUCUUAAUUGAGGACUCCGCGAUGACACCGAGGCUCAACAAUAAUGAGAGGUGAACGUGGUGACUGACUUUAUCUCAUUACAAAUACAAAAUGCAACCUCCAAAAUCAUUUGCGGUAAAGCUCGUACAUCACAUGUUCAUAUCGUGACAAAAAUAUUUUGAUUUUCUUAAUAGACUGGUUGGGUGCAGAGAAUUAGCUGCACGUGGACUCAGUCAGCAAUGAGGAUCAUUAAAUAAAAGUGCUAAAUCCUGCAUAGAAGAGGGCAGGUGACAAAAAAAAAAAAAAACAAGCAAAUAUAAAAUAUUAAUAAUUAGUCUUUUAGCCCAGUCAGUGCAUGUUGGUGACUACAUGUAUGUAUGAGUCAGUAGAGGAAAGCUGCAUGUUGAAAUUGAGUCAGGAUCUUAGUUGUGCUGACCAACCAGUGCAUGUUCUACCACAGCUCUGAGGCAGAUUUAAUAAUAAAAAAAAAAAAUUAAAAACAACAUUGUUUCAUCAAUCAAAUCGACUACUUUCUUCACUUGGAGAGCGCGCGAAAAGUACAAAAGAGUAUAAAAUAUACGCUUAAUUUUAAAUAAUUAAAUACUAUACAUAUCACGUAAAAUUUCAGAGCUACAGCAGGUGACCACAGUACAGUACCUUUUAGCACAGGAUUACUCACGGGGGGAAAAAAAAAAACAUUAGCAAAUUGGGAAGUCUGUAUUUUGAUCAGAAGAGCUAAUUGUUGGUCCUUAGUAUUUCAAUUCAAAGACUGUACAACACAAUUGUGAAACUAGAAAGCAGAUUGCUGUUGCGUUUUGUUCAAGGUGUCCGUCGGACGUGGAGUCAUUUUGCUUUUAGCUCGUUCGAUGGACGGAGAGUUGAGAGACCGCUCCAGUGCUGAACGAGAACUUCUGAAACAGCAGGUCCUUUUUUCAUUAAUAGUUUCUUUUUGUACCUCCCUGCGUCUUUGCAACGUGAAGGUAGGUGGACAGCAAUUUCAUUUUUGCUGUGUGAAAGGAGAGGGAAAAGAAGUUUUCUUUUGGCCAUUGUUCUUCAGUGUUCGACUAUUUCAGCAGUCAAAAGGUGGUCAAGGAACAACAUGUAUGGGCAGUCUUGGGCGUGGCGACUCAGGUGCUUUGUCGUGCCCUGGCAAUGAAAAGGGUGAGCAUAGCCAGAACAAGCACACAGCCCAACCUCUUGAGGAGUGACGUGGUGUCCUUAGGUAUGACCACCUGGGCCAGGUCGUUGGUGAUGAGCGAGAUCUCGUGGGCGACGCACACGAAGAUAAACGUGCUGACCAAGAUGUUGAGCGACGGGCUGCCCGGAAUCAGGAUCAAGAUGCCCUUGGUGUCCGCAGCCAGCCAGAUGUGGUACUGGCAAAUGAACAGCUGGGGGAGACAAAACACUUGGUGGGAGGAAUUGAAUUGUUGGAUAAUACAUGUCUCAGUUAUUAGAGGGUGUGCACACUAGUGCAACCACAAUAUUAUUUAGUUGAACGGGAUCCAGGUAAUACUGCAAAAGGUUUUGAAUGAUCACAUAGCUAAGGAUGUGUAGUUUUUAUAUCUACUACAAUUGUAUGCUCUUUUUAUUACUGCAUUUUUUCUUUUUAAUUCUCACUUUGGCGUCAUAGCAAAUAAUUUAGCUCUAAUGAAGCAUUUCAAGGGUGUCUCACCUCCAAGGAGAUUUUCCCAAACCAGGCAAAGAAGGAGCUAUAGAUGGAGCGGGCGUAGCCGGGAAUGUUCCGGAUUAGAACGAAAGCCAAGAUCUGUGUGUGGCCGCUGGCCCACACGGAAUAGGUCUGGAAUGAUGGGAGGAGACAAGUGUUGAUGUCGGUUGACUGUCAUUUUUCUUUACAGGUGCAUCUACAAAACGGUGAGCGCUCUUACGACAAAGGUGAUGAUGGAGAGGAAGAAGAGCGGGUUGGCAAUCCAGCCAGAGAAGAGAGCUUCCCCUUUGCCUUCGGACAGCACCUGGCGCUUCUGCAGCACCAGGUUGGGAAAUAGCUUGCAAGUGUGAAAACAUACAAAUCUGUCCAGCUUCCAUCUGAAGCCCCACUCGUAGACGCUUCCGUUGACUUCAAAGAGCUUGGAAAAGGGCCAACUUGAGAAGAUGCCGUUGAAGAACUCCUAUGAACACGGAGAAAAAACACAUUUGAAAUCCAUCUCUUUUUACAUCAGAGGUAUAAACACUGUAUAGUUAAUGAGAAGGUGGUGUAAAGGUUAAGAGGAUCUUUUUGAAGGUUUCAAAUGGAUGACGUGAACAUGUGGCUCACCUGUGAGUAUGCCAUGACGCAGAUGAACAACAGAAGGACCAGAAACUUGGCGACGAUACCAAGAUGCCACAUGUUGUUGGCUGCACGAUUCAAGAAAGGCGAUUUGAGGCCACAUGGCCAUCAUGCCAUAGAUGACGACGAACCAAAAGCUGACCAGCGGGACAAAGUAGUAGAACUGGUAGGGCCUGUCCAUCACCACGCAUAACACCAACACGAGGAA